GAUUUUGAUAAGGAAUAGGAUUGUUCUGAUAAUUUAUCCACAUAUAAUUCAUUCUGCUUCUGUUUUCCAACAUCAUGAAUAAGAUUUGAGGGGAAAAAAAGCAGAAAGAUUAAGCAAUUGCUUUGCUGCUGCAACCUUGUGUUAAACUUACUCCGCCAUCAUAUUCAUGAGAAUAGCAUAGUUUUACGCCUUCUAACCCUAAUUCAUAACUGGUCCUUGCCAGUCAAUCAAUUAUGUCUCAGGAGGAGCUUGCGAGGGAAGCCAUAAAGCUUGCGCUGAAGGCGCUAAGGAAGCGCCAUUUGCUUGAAGAAGGUGCUCAUGCUCCUGCUUGUAUUGCUCUUUCCAGGCCUAUUAUCUCUCAGGGAUCAGAAUGGAAGGAGAAAGCAGAAAAUCUCGAAAUCGAACUUCAGCAAUGUUACAAAGCUCAAUCUCGAUUAUCCGAGCAACUUGUGGUGGAGGUGGCAGAGUCCAGAGCAUCAAAAGCUGCCUUAGAAGAAAAAGAAGCAGCAUGUACUGAUUUGCAAAAGGAGUUGGCUCAAACAAGGGAUGUGUGCUCUCAAUUAAGGGCAUAUUUGGAAGAAAAGAUUAAGGCUUUAGAAUUGGUUGUGGGUGAGAAUCAAUCUCUUCAAAAUCAAUUGGAACAGAUGGCUGUCAAGGUUAAGAAUUCAGAAGCAGAAAAUAAAAUGUUAGUUGAUCGCUGGAUGCUGCAAAAGGUGCAGGAUGCUGAACGUCUUAAUGAGGCAAAUUCACUGUAUGAAGAAAUGAUUGAUCCGCUCAAGACAAGUGAUUUAGAGAAACUUGCACAGCAGCAAGUGGAUGGGAUGGUCCGGCAAAGUGAAGAGGGUGCUGGGUAUUUUGUGGAAUCAACCAUUCCCACUAUAUGCAAGCACAAAAUUACUGCUCAUGAGGGCGGCUGUGCUUCUGUGAUGUUUGAGUAUAACUCAAGCAAACUGAUCAGUGGUGGACAGGAUCAAUCAAUCAAAAUGUGGGAUGCAAACACUGGAUCUUUAAGUCGUACUCUUUAUGGUUGCCUUGGGUCUGUUCUUGAUCUUUCUGUGACCAGUGAUAAUAGAUCUGUCAUUGCAGCCAGUCGCUCAAACAACUUGUAUGUAUGGGAUGCCAAUUCAGGGCGUGUCCGUCACACUCUCACUGGCCACAUUGACGAAGUGUGUGCUGUAGAUGUCGGCAAAAGUUCAAGUCGACAUGUUGUCAGUGCUGCUUAUGAUCGUAGAAUAAAAGUGUGGGAUUUGCAAAAGGGCUUCUGCACCAGCACUAUUGUUUUCCACAGCAAUUGCAAUGCUGUGUGUUUCAGUAUGGAUGGACUGACCAUUUGUUCAGGGCACGUUGAUGGAAAUCUUCGUUUAUGGGAUGUUCAUUCAGGAAAGCUACUCAGUGAAGUUGCUGCACAUUCACUUGCCAUUACAUCUAUAAGUCUAUCUCAAAAUGGGAAUGUCAUAUUGACGAGUGGGAGAGAUAACUUGCACAACUUAUUUGAUAUGAGGUCUUUGGAAGUUUGGGGAACGUUAAGAGCUGCUGGAAACAGAGCGGCAUAUAAUUGGAGUCGGUCUUGUAUAAGUCCUGAUGACAACUAUGUUGCUGCUGGAUCAGCUGAUGGAUCUGUCUAUAUUUGGUCAAUAUCUAAAGCUGAUAUCGUAAGCAUUCAGAAGGAACACACUUCUUCUGUCCUUUGUUGUUCGUGGAGUGGACUUGGAAAACCAUUAGCUACUGCUGACAAGAAGGGAAUUAUACAUACCUGGACAUGAUGGUUUACUUGUGCACCCAUCAACAUGCCAAAUUGUUUAUUGCAAUCUUGUUAAAAUUCAAUUGUCUGGUUUCCAAACAAGUUCGUGGAAUGCUGUGAGUCAUGAGAGCAGUCGCCCAGCUCGAUUCUUAACGGAGGGGCGUGCCUGCCUGUGUCCUAGGACUUGUAUAGAAAAAUUAUAGUUGCUGUAAAGAGGGAGCAACGGAUUGAUUGGUACAUUACUUGCAAGUAAUUGGAGAAUAUUAGAAAUUGAAUUGGUUGGAUGUGGCAUAUUGCUGCUUAACCAUAUUUUCUUACAAAUUGAAUUCGUUGUCUUUUUGUUUC